AGUUCAUCCUCAUGGCCACGCUGCAGUUUGGAAAAAUUCCAAACCCUGAGAAGUGGAAUCAGAACAGGAUGGAUGUGAUGAUACAGAUUCCCAACCUGUCCAGGAUCCUGUGUUUUUCUUUUCAUCUUAUCCUCAUUCUGCUUCAACAGACUACUGCAGAACGAGAACUGAAGUUUGUGGUUGUAGUUUUCCGACAUGGUGACCGAACACCAAUUGUAAACUUUCCAACUGAUCUACACAAAGAAAGCGAAUGGCCCCAGGGAUUUGGACAACUCACCAAGACUGGAAUGCAGCAGCUGUUUGAACUCGGACAGUACAUGCGGAAACGAUAUUCCACCUUCUUGAACAGCACAUACAACCGGCAAGAGUUUUACAUCCAAAGUACAGAUUAUGAUCGCACCAUUAUGAGUGCCCAGUCGUACCUUUCUGGCCUCUUUCCACCAACUAGCAGCCAAAUUUGGAACCCUGAGCUUCUCUGGCAACCCAUUCCAGUUCAUAUUUUUCAAAAAUCAACAGAGCGGAGGCUGAACUUUCCUCUCCCUGACUGUCCUCGUUUUGAUGAACUUCAGAAUGAAACACAAACAUCCAGUGAAUUUCAAAAUAGAAUACAACCAUAUAUGGAUUUUAUACAAACAAUGGCUGUUAACACAGGACUUGAACUAAAUAAUCUUAAAAUACUGGAUAAUUUCCAGCUCUGGAAUACAUACGAUACUCUGCAUUGUGAGGGUAUUCACAAUUACACUCUCCCUGUAUGGGCCACCAAAGAUGUAAUUGACAAGAUGGAAAAACUGGCAGAAUUGUCCUUAUUAUCACUAUUUGGGCUUUAUAAAACAGAAGAGAAAUCACGACUACAAGGAGGUGUCCUUGUGAAUAUUAUUUUAAAUAGUAUUAAACAAGCUACCAAUUCUUCAAAACCAAGAAAAAUGGAGGUCUACUCUGCACAUGACACCACAGUUGGGGCUCUCCAGAUUGCUCUCAAUAUUUUCAAUGGAAAACUGCCACCAUAUGCUGCUUGCCAGUUUUUUGAACUCUACCAAGAAAGCAACGGGCGAUAUAGCAUCGAAAUGCAUUAUAGGAAUGACACUUCAAAGGAUCCUUACCUGCUCACUUUACCAGGAUGCACCUCUUCUUGUCCACUUGAGAAGUUUGCUGAACUAGUUUCUCCUGUGAUAACAGAAAAUUGGUCAAAAGAAUGUGGGAAGAAAGACAAUGUGAAAGAUAUUUUUAUCGGAUUUGAUGUUGCUGUUGGCUUGUUGUUCAUUUUUAACCUUGUACUGCUCUACCUCCUUUAUCAUUAUGGACGCUGCAGGCGCAGAAGCAAUUAUCAAGACAUUUAAAGGGGAGGUAAAGAAACAAAAGAGAGAGCAGCUAGACAUUGAACAAUACUUGAAGUUGCUGAUAUCCGUCAGUUUGCUCUGGUCCAAUUAAUCUCCAAAGCAUAUUCAAUAAAUUUGAAGAGCUGAGGUAUCUGUGGCCUAGCUCCUAAAAUUCUAAACAACUGCAGUGAGAAAUACUGUAGUAAUAUGUAAUUGUUAAGAACUACUGGAUGGAUGGAAUCACUUUAAUUUAUAUCUUUAGGUUUUCUACUACUAUUAAUCAAUCAUAUCAAUGGGUAGGGUGAAGGGAUGCUAUUGCCUAUGAUUUGUUUUUUUAUAUUACCAUUUAGCCCUUCACUGCUCAACAAGUCUCUUCAAAAUUGCAGUCAGUAAUAUUUUCUUUACUUCUUAUAAAUGGAUAUUUUGUUGAUACACAGGAAAAUGUUUUUAGUGAGCAGAAGCUGCAAUCACUGUAUGAAAAAGAUUCAUACCAGCACAUGGACAUACUACUUCUGCACUUAUUCAUGCAAAUCUAUUAAUGAGAUUUGACCUUGGCCUUCAGCUAAUAAAAGUCUUCAGCCUGCUUUUUAAAGGAGUUACACUAUUUCAGCUCUCGCUGAAAUUAGUAGAAACUGGAAUAAUCUCUGUCACACAUCCAGACAUCAAGUAAGAAGCUUAGUGCAACAGCAUCUUGGUCAGUGUCCACAACUUCAGUAAUAAGGAUAAGUAAAUACAUUAAAAUCUGUUUUCUGCCACUACACUGAUUUCUUAUUUUUCUGAGCUCCAAGUCAUUAAUGAUCC